CCGAAUGGAAUUAUGGGACAUUAUCAGGUUGUGCUUGGCUGGGGAACCAUUUUGAUUGUCCUUGUUAAGUUAAUUUCGCAAUAUCUGCAAUGUUGUCAAGGUUUGCAAGACCACGAGCCAUUUCCCUCGUAGGGAAUGCCAUGAGGAACUUUUCUUCCAGCUCUCCACAUAAUGCCAGAGUGGCAGUAAUGGGUGCUAGUGGUGGUAUUGGACAGCCUUUGGCCCUUCUCCUUAAGGAAUCUCCUCUGGUUACCCAGUUAGCCUUGUAUGAUAUUGUACAUGUGACACCAGGCGUGGCCAAAGAUCUGAGUCACAUAUGUACUAAAGCUCAGGUCACAGGUUACAUGGGCCCAGAAACCAUGCAAGACUGCCUCACAGGAUGUGAUGUUGUCAUGAUCCCAGCAGGAGUUCCUAGAAAACCAGGCAUGAGCCGAGAUGAUCUUUUCAACACAAAUGCCAGCAUAGUGCGGGAUAUUGCUGAUGCUGCAGCUCAGUAUUGUCCGCAAGCAAUGAUGUGUAUUAUUACAAAUCCAGUGAAUUCUACAGUCCCGAUUGCGAGUGAAGUUUUCAAGAAGAGAGGCGUAUAUGAUCCAAACAGGAUAUUUGGUGUAACAACUCUGGAUAUUGUCAGGGCCAAUGCAUUCAUUGCAGAGGCAAAGGGCUUGGACCCCACUAAAGUUAAGGUCCCAGUUAUUGGUGGCCAUUCAGGUGUAACAAUUAUACCUGUUAUCUCCCAGGCAACACCUGGGGUGUCUUUCAAACAGGAGGAACGAGAGAAAAUAACGAAGAGAAUUCAGAAUGCUGGAACAGAAGUGGUAGAGGCAAAAGCAGGAGGAGGUUCAGCUACUUUGUCUAUGGCUUAUGCUGGGGCUCAGUUUGCGUUCUCUCUCCUACAAGCAAUGAAUGGCAAGGAAGGAGUUGUGGAGUGUGCAUAUGUGAAAUCAGAUGAAACGGAUGCUAAAUACUUUUCUACUCCUUUGCAAUUGGGGCCAAGUGGUAUGUUAGACAAUUUGGGUAUUGGACACUUAACAGAAUUUGAAAUGAACUUAUUAAGAAAUGCAAUGCCAGAGCUGAAGGACAAUAUCCAAAAAGGAGAAGACUUUAUUUUAAAACAAGCAGAGUAACCAGAAUUUUCUCCUAGACCACCAAGGACAUCAGUGGAUAUACUUAUUAUAAAAAUUGAAAAAAAUAUCACAGGUAAAGGUUUUCAUCAGAAGAUUAUCACCUUUUCUCAUGUGAUACAUAAAGCUAUCGCUGGAUAUGGGGUACUGUGUUACAAGAAUUAACCACAAAGCCAAUGCAUUUAGCUGAUGCAAUACUAAAAUUCAUCAAGAACAUAAUUUUUUGUGCAGCCUACAAUGUAAUAGUACAUUUUUGUUGACUUCGUUAUAGCAAGUCAUUGCCUGUGGCAGUGUGGCUUCAUGUAAGAAUAAUUAGCAGUUUUAUGUUAUUUUAUUUUUAUAAGCUGAGGAUCUAUACUAAGUCACAACUGAUGUUUUACCUCCCUACAUGCUCAAGUCAGAUGGUAUUGGUGCAUGCGGAAAUGCCAAGUAUUUUAUUUAAAGGGAUAACAACUUUCAUAUUAGAUUGAAAGUUUCACAGCUAAUACAUCAUAAACAACACAUAUACAUAUAAUAAAUUCCAUUUUACCACCAAAAUGGCAGUAAUUGCAAUUAUUCUAAAAUCUAUGCUUGCCAUUGGACCAUGUGGACCAUUACAGGUGGCUAUCCUCUACAGUAAUCUCUUAAGAGAUAAUUACAAAAACCAUGCUAAAAAACUUUUUAAAAACAAUCGCCUUAUCAUUGGAAAUUAGGAAAAUUGUCGUUUGCCUCGGGGGAAAAUCUGUUUUAUGGCACCUUUCUCACAAAAAGUAAAAGUUGUCAUCCCUUUCAUAUUUCAGUUCGUUCACUUAGGAUCAGAAUUUAUUAUUUUUUGUGGUUUUUGGUCAAUACUAGGUUCAUAGUAAAUUAAAGAUUUUAGGUGAAGUCAUAUAUCCUUUGUUUAGUCACACACACAAGUCUGAUGUGCAAUGCCAAAUUUUGUCCAUAAGUUGUUUUUCUAAGAACCAGUACUGUAGUAGUAGUUGUGGUAAUCUUUUGAAAUAUUAUUGUAAUUACCUGCUUGUUUAUCAGGUAUAUAUGCCAUUUAUGAUCAUUCACUUGAAUCCUGUUUUGUUAAAGUAUUAUAUCAAAAUAGUUUUUUAUGUUUAUGUUUAUUUUAAAGGUUGUCUGGAGAUGCAUUUAAAUACGAAAUGAAGCCAAAUUUAUGCCAAGAUUAUAAAGCCUGACAAUUACUGUGUCAAACAGCGUUUCAUAUAUGAUAACCAUUAUUUUUACUGUUUUUUUUUUCAAUUUGCACUUUAAAGUUAGUAUAAUUUAGUUUCUUUCUCUCACUGUUAACCUAACCCUUUUGUUUCAUGAAAAAAAGUUUUAAAAAAAUUUUCUAAACACAUUUGGAGACGAAGUGACAAAUUUAUUGAUCCAAAAUGAAAUCCAUUGCCAUCUCGCUUUAGUAUUAUAUAUGCAUGAUCUUGAAUCAGUAAAAGUAAUGAAAACUCUUUUAAAGCAGCUUCACCCCAAAAAAGGAUGAAUUCUAAAGCAGGCAGCUUUUGAAGUAUCUGUCACUAAUUUCCUGUGAAAUCUGACAAGACGGUAAUGUACAUGUACAAUUGCAAAUGAACAAAGCAGAAACUGCAAAUGUGCAUAAUUCCAUGCAGUUGGCCACACAUUUCAGAUCAAGAUGAACAAUUUACUUGACUUUGAUGUCAGGUGAUAUGAUCUUCAGGCAUGAACCAAGGGGAAGGAGUACUAAUUAAGGCAAAAUUUCGUGGUAGACUUUGGGGGUGAACAAAUUAAUGUACUGUAGUUUUACAGGCAACUCUGAAGAAGUAAGUUUUUAUUUUUGGUGUGUGCGCGGCACAUGUUAUCACUUUCAAGACAGCUAGACUCAUUGAAACAUACACAUUGGAAUAAAAUAACUUACCUAAUAAA